AUGCCCACGCCCAAGUGUAUCCUGUUUCCAGUGUUGUUGUUGUUGUGUUUCCUGGUUGGUGGUCAGACACAGAAAUUGUAUCGCAAGCAGCUCUACACACUCCACAAAUGGAACGACUUGAGUUUAAGUUUUCCGCCGAAAAUCGAACAAUUUAGAAGCAGUCUCAGUGGUCAUUUCCUACCCGUGGACGUAGACAUUGAAUACGGCGAUGAGGGCCGUCAUCGCACUUUUUUGACCAUACCACGACUUAGUCUGGCGACACCAUACACGUUGGCCAUCGUGGCAGCCAGUGACAAUGACGUAGUGGAUAACCCACGUCUGGAACCAUAUCCCAGCGCCGAUUGGCAUUUUCUAAACGCCAACUGCUCGGGCAUUACCUCCGCCAUUAGAACCUUCAUCGACGAAUGCUGGCGCCUGUGGGUAGUGGAUUCAGGUCAAGUCAAUUCGCUACAGGUCUGUGCACCUCAAAUUCUGACUUUUGACUUGGUCACGGAUGUGCUUGUGCAUCGCUACACUCUGCCCGGCCACAUUUAUACGCCCAGUGUAUCAAUUUUCACAGCUCUGGUUGUGGAUAUACCGGCGUCAGGAGCACGAACAAAAUGUCUUGGAGGAAAAGCUUAUAUAGCUGAUGCCUGGGGCUAUGGGCUAAUUGUUUACGAUGCGUUAACGGAUAGAUCUUGGCGCAUUGAGCACGAGCUUAUGAUGCCAGAGGGAAUGCGACGAUUCGGCACUGCAUUAGCUGGUAUAUUUACAGUAAGCCUGAGUCCGCGUCAAGCAGCAGUACGACAUUUGUAUUUCCACACGCUGAAUAGUUUUAAUGAGAUUGUCAUACCAUUAUCGCUGGUAAAUAAUGCAAGCUACUGGAGGAGCGACACUAAUUCAAUUGGUAAAGGAUUCCGAGCAUUGGGCACUCGUGGUACCCACUGUGAGUCGGAGGUCAUGGAUAGUGCAGGCAAUCUCUACUGUAGUCUGAUAAGUUUGGGUUCCCUGAUUAGCUGGAAGGAGAAUGAAAACUAUACGGCAGAUAAUAUCCGUGCAGUAGCCUACAACCCGGAGCAGUUAAAAUUUGUUACCGGACUAAAGGUGAAUCGUAAUUCAAAGGGCGAGGAUGAGCUCUGGGCACUAAGCAGUGAACCAAAGCUGUUUGUUGGCGGUGCACUAGAUGCGAAUGAAGUUAAAUUUCAAAUCAUCGGUUGUCGCACAUUGGACUUGCUUGGCAACACGCCCUGCAAAGUCGGCAGCAUGCGUACGCAGCCACAACCUUGA